AAGGCUCUACAAAUUCUCUCGAGUUUUUAGCCCUAGCACCGAAUACAUAGGCUAAGAAUCUAUAUGGCUCCAGCCACCGGGGGUCUACAUGGGUGCAGAAACUAAAACUUGCUCUUUUUUCUAUCUUUUUUUUACUUUUUCUUUUUCUUUUUCUUUUUUUAAGGUGAGGUGUCUUCCCCGAACAGGGUAGAGGGUCAUCAUUUUCACAGAAGAAAGCCAUGUAUACGAGUGAAAAUGCAGGAAAAAAACUUGUUACAGAACUUGGAAAUGGAAGCCAAAUUAUUUAUUUUCCUAAUUUCUUCAAAGCAAAUAAAUCAUCGGAGUGGCUGAAAUAUCUUGACGAAAAUAUCCCUUGGACGAGGCCAAAUAUCUUUGUAUUUGGACGCCACUGCCCCCAACCUAGGGACACAUGCUAUGUUGCAAGUGAAGGGUUGCCAGAAUACAAAUACAGUGGAUAUCGGCCACCAACCCAUUCAUGGAAUGAUUAUCCUCCUCUCAAACUCAUAUUGAAUGCUGUUCAUGAAGCCCUUCCUGGGAGCACUUUCAACAGCCUGCUCUUGAACAAAUACAAAAGUGGCAACGACUACGUCGGUUGGCACUCGGAUGAUGAGAAGUUGUAUGGUGACACUCCGGUGAUUGCUUCAAUUUCUUUUGGAUGUGAGCGCGAGUUCUUGCUAAGGAAAAAAAUACGAAGAAUAUCAAGAGAGAAGCCAUCAUGCACGCGUUCAGCAAACAAAGAGCAGCAUUCUUUCAUAUUGAAGCAUGGCUCUCUACUGGUAAUGCGAGGUUACACCCAGCGAGACUGGGCUCACUCAGUUCCAAAGCGCACUAAAGCAAAUGGACUCAGGAUCAACCUCACAUUUAGAUAUGUGUACUGUGAACUGGAACAAUUAUCGCGUUUCAGAGAGCCAAAAAUUCAGGAACUUACUAAGACCAUUCAGAAGGAGAAGAAUGCAGAAGUGAAAAAAGAAAACAACUGAGACCAACUUGGGCUUCAUAUUUUGUUCUUUUGGAAAGGCCCUUCCCCACUAAUUUUUCCUUUACAUCCGAUGUGUGGCUAGGUUUUUCUAGAGUUUUGAUUGUGGUAUCUGAAAGAUCAGGGUAUAUUUUGGCAUUCAUUUGCUUGUGCUGCAGUCAAGAGCAGCAAGUCCAUAUGAUAAAAGAACAGUUUGAUGGACUUGGCUUGUUUAAGUGAAAGUGACUGAUGUAAUUUUCCGACCCUCAGGCUUCGCUUAGUGGUAGACAUAUUAGUUUGGGAGGAGGUCGAGGGUUCAAACGCUUGAUGUUUGGCUCAAAAAGCUCAAACAAGCAAACGUCUCCUCUUUUUAGUGAUGCAAUUGUUCGUAUCAGUAUUCACAAAUAUUAGGUCGGUUCAUGUUUCCAAACGACUAAAUGUAUUAUUUUUGUUUCGAUAUGGCAUGAUUUACGAUUCAAGGUUU